AUUAUAAUUUGCUCUGGUCUCUGUUAUCUUCUCCAUUUGCGCUCAACCCAGAUCGCGACCCGGCCUCUCGAACUCAGAAACAUCCGAGUUCAGUAGGGUUCGAUGUUUUGAUAGAUAAAAAACACGUGGGACACACUUAGCUUGCGUGCAAAAAAUGGCGACCGGAACGAACCCGAAAGUCCGCUUCGUCAAGUGUCCGAGGUGCUUGAGGGUUCUACUUGAGAACGAAGACGUACCUGUGUACCAAUGUGGUGGCUGUUUCACCAUUCUUGAAGCGAAAAAACGGAAUGUCAGUGCCAAUUGUACACCGAGCUCAGCAGAAGCAGGAGAGGUUCAGCCUAGUGAGUCACAGCGUGUCUCUGAAGUUGAAGGGUCAACCAGGUCGAGCCAUGACAUGGUUGCUCCUUCCUGUGGAGAAUUUUCUACAGGCCAAGAGCCUGGGAAUGGCCAGAACGGAUAUGUGGAUUCCAUAGAUGAGCAGCUCGCUACCGUCAAAUUGUCCCACGGAGAGCAAACUGAUGAUAUCCAACCGUCUGGAACUUCAGCUGGCCAUCCGGGCCAGAAUGAAGGAGGAGACAUCUACAGGCUGGAGGCUGAUCAGGACACCAAGGCAGUAUCUGCAAAACAAGGUUCCAAUUCCGGAAGCUCAAGAGAGACUUCUUUUUCUGUCCCUAGGAAAAGAGCCGAGUCCUCACCUGAGAUUCUUAUGGCUUCUACUGACGAAGUGGAGCAGCGUCAGGGGAAUGAUUACCAUGGCCAUCUUCACGGGGAUUCUACAGAUGAUCUUCAGAGUGGAGAUUUUCUUGCAGACAAAACCUUUUCCGCUUAUGAUGGGAGUGUGUCUUCUUCUGACGGAAGGGAAGAUCGGCUUCAAGAAGGCCAAAUCGGUUUGUUUGACAGUGUAGAUGAUAGUGCAAGACCUUCUCUGGAAGGAAGAGUGAGAGGCAAAUCUGUAAUGCAAGAUCACUCUGAUAACAAGGAGCAAGGAGCAAGUUCUUCAGCCAUCCCACCUGAAGAGAAGCAUGAUGGGAACAGACACAAGAACUCGGGCCAGAAUAAUACGUCACUACAACUAGAAGGAUCAGGAGACCGUCUAGAUAGGCACUGGCGUAGAUUAGGGACACGGGACUUCCGUUCUUACUUGCCUUACUAUCAGAAAGGACCCUCGUUUUCCAGUUCAUACGAGCAUGGUAGCCCUUUCUAUCAUUCACACGAUGACUUUGAUGCUCAUUCCCGACCAUUCCCGCUUCAAAUGCCUCCAUAUGGUGGGCGUAGACAUUCUGGUCCUGGUUUUGACCGCAUGUACCAUGACAUUAGUUAUGUCAUACAUACCACAGCAAGUGAUUCGGGUCAGACAAAUAGGGAAUCUCGCAUACCAUUCUCAGGAGAGUCAGUGAUGGACAGAAGGCACCAUGUCGGUCACCCAAGUUGGUUUGCAGGUCAGCUCCAUACUUCUUAUGGCUCAUCAUAUCCUGGUAGUCCACAGACAAAUACGGAACCUGAGUACCGCCCUGGAUGGAGCCGAGAGAUAGUCUCUGAUGCAGAGGAUCGGCAUAGGCAUGGCAGCCAUGAGGUAAAAACAUACCUGACAGAGAGAAAACCCGUGGCAAUGCGUCAUGUCCGCCCUACAGCUGGUGGUGCUCCUUAUACAAGCUGUUACCACUGCUCACAGACAUUACACAUGCCUGCAGACUUUCUUGUCUUCAGGACGAAGUAUCAUCUUCUCAGAUGCGGCGCUUGUAUGAAUGUCCUGAGAUUCUCCCUUAAAGACGGAACUCAUUUAGUUCCUGCCGUGAGAGACCCUCGGCCCGAGUCGUGUCAUGACACAAAUGCUCACGGGGUUGGCAACUCAGACACAAAUGCUCACGGGGUUGGCAACUCAGCAUCAGGGUCUUCCAGAAAUGAAGUCCCAAAACUGGAAAAGAGGAGCUCCUCAGCUAAGAAUGAGGAGUUGCCAGUGGCUAGAGGUUCCCCGCUUCACCGGCUAAUGGGGUAUUCCACCGUGAGCCAAGUCUUUAAAGUUUCCAAGCCCCCUCCUUCUCCAAGGAUCUCAGAUUCUGAUCAAACAUUGAAGAACUGAAUCUACAAGGAUGCUAUUGCUGCAAUGGAUAGUUUUGCCUUUGAUUUUAUCAUUCUUUCUUGCACAUGUGUACAGGUGAAGGGUUUGUUUCUGAUGUUCAUGUUAUAAGUAAAAUAAACGAUAACAUUUUUUGCAAUUUAAACAUGUUAUACAUGAAAGAGCUUACAGUUA